CAUGCAUGAAAUUUUUGAGGAAGAAAAUUAAUGCAUCCGUGGACUCCUGAAGGAAGAGCUUUCCUAAUGGAACCACAUUCAAGGGAGGAGUGAAAACCAGAUUCUCAAAGGUCCUGCACUGACACUUGAAAGGACUUUUAUGUGCUUGGUGGAGAUGGAAAAGGAAGAAAAGCAAGCUGGCCUCCUGAAGAAAGAAGGCAGCAAAUACUUAAUGGAACUUUUUUUCUGUGAAACCAUGUUUUGAGUGCUCCUAGACGUCGUCCAUAAAUACCCUAGAUAUCAGCUGAUUGCUAUGACUGGAAACCUGGCUCAUCAAACAGUGUAUACUGGGAGAAGCCUGCCUAGGAUAAUACAUUUUCUAUUGUUUCUGAAAGUCUCUGAGAAAACACUGUAGACACCUACCUGUUAUUAACUCUGCAUCUUGAUUGAGCAGAACUAGUCUUUGAAGUGAACAGAAACAGAGCCUUUUAGGAAACUUUUAUUGAACAUGACUCAUGGAGAAGAGCUUGGCUCUGAGAUGCACCAGGAUUCUGUUGUUCUAACUUACCUAGAAGGAUUACUAAUGCAUCAAGCAGCAGGAGGCUCAGGUACUGCAGUUGACAAAAAGUCCACUGGGCAUAGUGGGGAGGAUCAAAACUUUAAGAUUUCAGGAAAUAUAUUUCCCAGCUGUCAGAGUAAUGGUCCAGUCCUUAACACAAGUACAUAUCGGGGAUCUGGCAUGCUGCACCUCAAAAAAGCAAGACUCUUGCAGUCUUCAGAAGACUGGAAUGCAGCAAAGAGAAGGCGCUUGUCUGAUUCCAUUGUGGAUUUAGAUGGAAAAAAGGAAGCUUUGUUGGCUGGCAUGGUUGAAAAUGUGCCUAAAGGCAAACAGGAUAGCACAUUACUUGCCUCUUUGCUUCAGUCAUUCAGCUCUAGGCUGCAGAGUGUUGCUCUGUCACAGCAGAUUAGACAGAGUCUUAAGGAGCAGGGCUAUUCUCUUAGCCAUGAUUCUUUACAAGUGGAGAAAGAUUUAAGGUGCUACGGUGUUGCAUCCAGCCACCUGAAGACUCUGCUGAAGAAGAGCAAAGCGAAAGAGCAGAAGCUGGACAGCAGCCUGCCUGACAUCACCAAGAGCCUGCCCAAGGAGAGGUUCAUCGAGUCGCCUCACGCGGCGCAGAGCGGCCCCAAGGUGAUGAACGAGCCCCUGUCGUGUGCUGCGAGGUUGCAGGCUGUUGCAAGCAUGGUGGAGAAACGAUCCAGUCCUGCUGCUUCGCCCAAGCCCAGCGUGGCGUGCAGCCAGCUGGCUCUGCUCCUCUCCAGCGAGGCCCACCUGCAGCAGUACUCCAGGGAACACGCUCUAAAAGCACAAAAUGCCAACCAGAUCGCGAGCGAGAGGCUCGCAGCGAUGGCCAGGUUACAGGAGAGCGCGCAGAAGGACAUGGGCCAGUUUGGUCUGGCCAAAGGAAUGACAAGCCAUCUCAAUGGUCAAGCAGGAUCGUCCCCCAAAACAGUCGCUAGCAAAGGCAGUAUGGCACCUUUCCAGAGCUCGGUGGGAAUCAUGCACUCGCCUCCCAAAACUGUGGGAUACAAAAGUACUGUGGAAAAGAGCAACCUGAAAACCUCUCCCAGCAGCAGUUUGCUCUUGCAUCUGCUGAAAAGCCAGAACACCACCAAGCACGUGAAAGGGCGUGAGCAGAGUGAGAGAGCCAGCAUUUUUGAAGACAGCAGCACACCAACAACUGUUGAUGAGUAUUCAGACAACAAUCCCAGCUUUACAGAAGACAGCAGUGAUGAUGAAAGCUCCCAUUCUAACUGUCUUCCUAUAGACCUAUCCUUUAAACAGAGGACAGAUAAACCAGAUGCAGGUGCGCCUGCAUCGCUGGAUAACCUGACUCAGUCCUUGCUUCGUAACUGGGAUCCAAAAGCUUCCUGUCCAGAGAACAAGGAAGAGAAAGACACUCCGAAAGCUUCUAAGCUGAAUCCCCACCAGAAAGUAACACUGCUUCAGCUGUUACUUGGACAUAAGAGUGAAGAACAGGUAGACAAGAGUAAUGAUCCUCAGGGACCACACAGUGCAGCUGAUGUGGCAAAAUUCACUGUACAGACUGGGAAAAGGACUCCUGUUACUGACAGUCCCAGUGCCAACCGAAUGACUCCGUUAAGCACUCCACCCUUGCUGGCUUCUGCAAAAGCAGACUCUCCUAUAAAUCUCUCGCACCAGUCGCUGCCUGUCAAGCGGAGCUCACCGCCCUUCGCCUGCAGCAUCCAGCCAGACAGACUGAUGAACUCUGCAUCUAAACACUUGAUAGACCUGUCCAAAAGCAAAGAAAUUCAAGGAGCUAAGCUGAGCAGGACCGAGAGUCCCCAGAACUCCUCGGCGUUCAGUGCCAGCAAGCUGCUGCAGAACCUGGCUCAGUGCGGCAUGCAGAGUUCCAUGUCCAGUGAGGAACAAAGAGCUAGCAAACAGCUGCUGGCAGGGAACAUGGAUAAACCUGUGGGCUUGAUUGAUAGAUUGAACAGCCCUCUGCUUACGAAUAAAUUGAGUAUGCAUGAAGAAAAUAACAAAAUAUUCAGUUGUCAGCCGGCACCCGCUGAACAAGGACUUCCAAGUUCGGAAAUAGAAAAUCUCCUUGAAAGGCGCACUGUCCUUCAGCUGCUUCUGGGAACUCCCAAUAAAGGUAAAAGUGAAAAGAAAGAGAGGAUGCUUUUAAGAGAUGAAAGUUCUCAAGAACAGACAGACAAGGCUUUGAAUGAGCAAAUAUUGACGGUGAAAAUAAAAACUGAGCCAUCUGACGAAUCAAAUGUUCCUUAUAAUUCAAAUGCACAACAAGUAAGAGAAUGCAAGGGUAACAAAUUCCAAGGGUUUGUUCAUUCACUGCAGAGAAACACAGCUGCUUCUCCAGCAUCUGAGGAGGUGAAAUCUGAGCCUCUUUCACCUCAAGAUUUCUCUUUUUCCAAAAAUGGCCUGCUAAGUAGGUUGCUGAGACAGAAUCAAGACAAUUACCCCGCAGAUGAGCUGGACAGGAGUCACCGAAACAGUGAGCUGCCACACCUUGAAUCCAAGAGCCUUUGCACAGUACCCAAGAAGAGGAAGCUUCAUGCUGAGCCUUUGGAAAGCCCAUUAAAAAAGAUGAAAAGUAAUGUGUCUGAUGCUGGAAACAAUCAUGCUUCUCCUACCGAGGCACUGUACGGGCCUUUGCUUAACCAGCAAGAACUGAAAUUCAGCAGAAGUGAUGCUGAAUUUAAAUAUGCUGUAAGUCAUGGUUCAAAUAGUGAAACUGAAAAUAGGAGUUGGUCUAGAGAUAGUAAAGGCUUUAAUGUGUUGAAACAGCUGCUUCUCUCAGAAAAUUGUGAGAGAGAUCUGUCACAACAUAGGAAUAACAUACUAACAGAGGGCAAGAAAAAAGGAAACAAAACCAGUGCAACAAUCAAUAAACCUGAAUUCACCAUUUCUUCCGUAAGAUCGUUGGUGGGAAGCCCUGUGCAACAGAACAAUUGUGUAGAUCACAGAACAUUUCAGUAUCCCGUAGCAGUGAAAAGUCCUGCUGGCUCCCCCUUCCCUGAACAUUUGGGCAGUACGGUGUCCAGACUGGAGUCUGACCAGUUUAGCAUGUGUCCCGUGCCCAGUGAGAAGGGGCCCAUCAGAUGGGUGAUCACGGGUAUGGACAAGAAUGAUUACGAGAAGGACUCUCCCAGACUGACCAAAACCAACCCAAUAUUGUACUACAUGUUACAGAAAGGUGGCAGCUCUGCCAGCAGCCAAGAAGCACACGACAAAGAGAUUUGGAAUGAACCUUCGUUUACCGAGAGUUCAACUCGCGUUACAAUCAAAGAGGAGUUGACAUCUGACGCAGAGCUUAAAACUCCUUUUAGUAACUUAAGAAGCCCUUACAACAGCCAUAUGGGGAGUAACACCUCUCAUCAGCAUGGUGGUGUGAAUGGAGAAGUGCACGGACUUCUGGAAAAAGUGCGAACAAUCAAAAAAGAGCCAGAAUAAACUGCAGCCUCCUCAGUGAGUUUACA